CUACAAAAUAUACUGAUAAAGAUAAUGGAGGGAUGCUUGUAUGGUCUCCAUAUCAUAAUAUUCCAGAUGCCAAGUUGGAUGAAUAUGUAGCAAUAGCAAAGGAAAAACAUGGAUACAAUGUGGAACAGGCUCUCGGCAUGUUGUUCUGGCAUAAACACAAUAUUGAGAAGUCCCUUGCGGAUCUCCCUAACUUCACUCCUUUCCCUGAUGAAUGGACGGUUGAAGAUAAAGUCCUAUUUGAACAAGCAUUUAGUUUCCAUGGAAAGAGCUUUCACAGGAUCCAGCAAAUGCUUCCAGACAAGACUAUUGCAAGCCUUGUAAAAUAUUACUAUUCUUGGAAAAAAACUCGCUCUAGGACAAGUUUGAUGGAUCGACAGGCUCGAAAACUAGCUAAUAGAAAUAAUCAAGGUGACAGUGAUGAUGACGUAGAAGAAGCUCAUCCAAUGGAUGGAAAUGAUAGUGAUUAUGAUCCCAAAAAAGAAGCCAAAAAGGAGGGCAGUAAUGAGCAGCCUGUUCAGACCAGCAAAAUAGGUCUGGGUAGAAGAGAGUAUCAGAGCUUGCAGCAUCGCCACCACUCUCAGCGUUCCAAAUGCCGUCCACCAAAAGGCAUGUACCUGACCCAGGAAGAUGUGAUAGCUGUUUCCUGUAGUCCCAAUGCAGCCAACACAAUUCUUAGACAGCUGGAUAUGGAACUAAUCUCAUUAAAGCGACAGGUUCAAAAUGCUAAGCAAGUAAACAGUGCACUUAAACAGAAAAUGGAAGGCGGGAUUGAAGAAUUCAAACCUCCUGAGUCUAAUCAGAAAAUCAAUGCCCGUUGGACCACAGAAGAGCAGCUUCUUGCAGUACAAGGUGUCCGAAAAUAUGGUAAAGAUUUUCAAGCUAUUGCAGAUGUAAUUGGCAACAAGACUGUUGGCCAAGUGAAGAACUUCUUUGUAAACUACAGGCGUCGGUUUAACUUAGAGGAGGUAUUGCAGGAAUGGGAAGCGGAACAAGGAACCCUGGCUUCUAAUGGUGAUGCUUCUGCUUUAGGGGAGGACACAAAAAAUACUUCUAAUGUGCCAUCAGGAAAGAGCACUGAUGAAGAAGAUGAGGCACAAAGCACUCCGGCCACUCAGUGUUUAGGCCCUUCACCUCCAGCACAGGCAUCUGCUCCAGCACCUACCGCUCCCAUGGCAACUUUAAAUCAGCCGCCCCCGUUACUUCGUCCCAAAAGAAAGGAACAGGCUGAAGUCCCCGCUGGUGCUAGGCAGAAAUGGGAUUGUCGGACAAGAGCAAAGCCAGGGCAGAAGCAAACUUGUCGAAAUCGUUUGCUGGGAGAGGUGCGCUUCAGAGCGCAAAGGAAGCCGUAG